AUGAGACUUUUUCUAGUUUUGGCAUUUGCCGUCAGUAUUGCUACAGCAAAAGAUUCUUUUUCACAUGUUUUGGAAAACGUUCGUAAGUAUUGGAACAAUCCAGUCGCCUUUAGCCCGGGGAGACCGAUGCAAAAACGAUCGGUCGUCAAAAACGAUGAAUGGGGAACACUAGCAGACUAUCUCGACGACGGAGACUUUCAGGGCCUCGGCGAAUUUCUUUGA